AUGACUUCUCUCAAUCUUUCCGUAGAUGAUAUUCCCCGUCUGGAGGGGAAGACAGCCAUCAUCACCGGUAUCUUCUAUCCCAAUGCCUUCCUGUUCAGUUGCGGUUGCUCCGGCAUUGGAUGGGAAUCUGCCCAACUGCUCGCCGCUAAAGGAGCCACCGUGUAUGUGCUCGAUAUACAUCCACCCCCCACCCAGGAGCACCAGGGGAAUGAGGAAGAGGAGAACAGAGAAUCCGGGAUCCAUUACAGGGCCUGCAAUGUGACUUCAUGGCCAGUGCUCCGGGCAGUCUUCGACGAAAUCCCGCAGGUGGACAUCGCCAUCGCGAACGCCGGGGUCUCGGAGGAAUGCGACUACUUCGCCGACACCUGGGAUGCGGAGGGCAACCUCGAAGAGCCGCGUUACGCGGUUUUGGAAGUGAAUUACCGCGCGGUCCUCAACUUCGUCAAGCUGAGUCUGUCGGCGCUUCGCCGCGCUGGCAACAAGAAUGGUAGUCUUGUGCUCACGACCAGUGCCACGGCCUACUCGCCCGAGCAUAGUCUGCCGGUGUACAGUGCCACGAAACUAGCGCUGGUGGGCCUUGUCCGUGCAUUGCGAUCCACCCUGCCGCAUCAGUACGGCACCACCAUCAAUGCCGUUGCACCCGCUGCUACCAUCACCAGCCUCUUGCCAGCCAAUCUGGCCGCCCCCAUCAUGGCCGCGGGGGCCCCCGUCAGCACGGCGCGGCAUGUGGCCCUUGCAGUGGUUUAUUCCGCCACCGCCUCGCAAGAAAAUUGCGUUGAAAGCUAUGGGAAUGAUGGGCCCGAGCAACUUGGCCCCGGCCGGUGGAAUGGCCGCGUCAUUCUCACCCUGGGAGACAAGUGGACCGAGCUUGAAGAGCCGUUGGCGGAACGGAGAGCAGGGUGGUUUGGGGCCUGGAACACGGAGAAGACUGCGUUGCAGCAGAAGUUGACGGAUAUGCGAUUCGGCGGGUUGAAAGGAGGGGAAUGA